AUUGAAUUCAAUAUAUUAUUAUGAAUGAAAACUGUCGAAAAGUAGCCAUUUCUUCUUUGAUUGAUGACCAUGAUGAUGAUCAGAUUGUUAAUAUUGAAAAACUAUUGAAACAAGUACUGAAUGAUACAUUUGAUCAAUUACAAUCAUUUAUAAUGAAAAAAUUCAAUAUGAUAAUCGAUUCGGAUACAAUGAAUAUGAUUCGUGCAAAUCUGAAUAAUAAUAAUCGAUUAUUAACCAUCGAUAAUAAUAAUAAUAAUGAUCUAGAUUCAUUACAUCAAUUAAUUCGAUCAAUUUCUGAUGAAAUUUCAUACAUUUCAAACAAUUCUAACGGUAAUGUUGAUGAUGAUGAUGACAAAAAAGACAAAUCUUUAUCAGUUGUAAAUAUAGGUGGUGAUUUUAUUAAUGAUAAUCAUAACAACAAUGGCCAAAGUGAUCAACAGAGUGUUUCAUCAUCAUCAACAUCAUCAUGUAAUCAUUAUUGGCAAUUCUGGUAUUGGAAAUCUGAUCAAUGGUAUAUUGAAUGGGAUUAUGGUCUACAAACAUUAGGACGACCAUUUAAUGGUCGACAACGAUUAUUGUGGUUAUUGGAUCAAUUAAUUCCAUUAUCAGAUAUUGUCAUUCCAAGUGAUUAUUCCAUUUUUCGUGAAUUAAUUCGUCCAAAAUGGGAAGAUUCAUUCAAUCUAAAUGGUGGUGCAUGGAUUAUUGAAUUUGAACGCUGUUCAUCCAUUACCGAUAUGGAAUUGAUGGAAAAUAUUUGGCGUUCAUUGGUGGAAUUUGUUGUGGAAAAACAUUGUAAUAAUGAUGAUGAUCAUGGCCAUCUUGAACAUAUGUGUGGAAUAAAAAUUAGCAAUCGAUUCAAAGUUUUUAUUAUUUCCAUUUGGAUCGAUACAUGUUAUGACCUGUCAAUCAUUCUUUAUAUUGGUCAUCGAAUACAAUCAAUAAUCAAUCAAAUAAUUGAUCGAAAUCGACAGAUAAAAUUAUCAUUACCAGAUUUGGAUUCAAAAUUAUUAUUGUCAUCCACAUCAUCACCAUUAUUAUUGUUUCGUUCACAUAUGAUUUCAAGAAAAAUUGCUGCCAAAAAAGAUUCUGUUAUUGCCACUAAUAAAAGUAAUGCUGCUGCUAUUAAUAAUUUUCGUGGUAAAAACAUGUUCCGAGUUUUGUGAUUAAUUUAUAUGAAAAUUGAAUAAAUAAAUGAAAUGAAAUGAAAUGGACACGUG